AUGGAGAAGAAACUUUACCCAUGUGAUGUGUGUGAUAAGUCGUUCGGUAAAAGUAGCAAUUUAACGGCACAUCGACGAAUGCAUACUGGCGAGAAACCGUACACAUGUGAUGUAUGCGACAAGUCAUUCUCUCUGAUUAGCAGUUUGACGGCACAUCGACGAACGCACACUGGUGAAAAACCGUACGCAUGUGACGUAUGCGAAAUGUCUUUCUCUCAAAGUGGCAAAUUUACGUCACAUCGACGCACGCACACUGGUGACAAACCGUACGCUUGUGAUGUAUGCGACAAGUCGUUCUCUGUAAGUAGCAGUUUGACGUCACAUCGACGAACGCACACUGGUGAAAAACCGUAUGCAUGCGAUGUAUGCGAAAUGUCUUUCUCUCAAAGUGGCCAAUUGACGGCACAUCGACGCACGCACACUGGUGACAAACCGUACGCAUGUGACGUAUGCGAAAUGUCUUUCUCUCAAAGUGGCCAAUUGACGUCACAUCGACGCACGCACACUGGUGACAAACCGUACGCUUGUGAUGUAUGCGACAAGUCGUUCUCUGUAAGUAGCAGUUUGACGUCACAUCGACGAACGCACACUGGUGAAAAACCGUAUGCAUGCGAUGUAUGCGAAAUGUCUUUCUCUCAAAGUGGCCAAUUGACGGCACAUCGACGCACGCACACUGGUGACAAACCGUACGCUUGUGAUGUAUGCGACAAGUCGUUCUCUGUAAGUAGCAGUUUGACGUCACAUCGACGCACGCACACUGGUGACAAACCGUACGCUUGUCAUGUAUGCGACAAGUCGUUCUCUGUAAGUAGCAAUUUGAUGGUACAUCAUCGAACGCACACUGGCGAAAAACUGUACGCAUGCGACAUAUGUGAAAAGUCUUUCUCUCAAAGCGGCCCAUUGACAGCACAUCGACGCACACACACUGGCGACAAACCGUACGCUUGUGAUGUAUGCGACAAGUCGUUCUCUGUAAGUAGCAGUUUGACAGCACAUCGACGUACGCACACUGGUGAAAAACUGUACGCAUGCGACGUUUGUGAAAUGUCUUUCUCUCAAAGCGGCCAAUUGACAGCACAUCGACGCACGCACACUGGUGAAAAACCGUAUGCAUGUGAUGUAUGCGACAAUUCGUUCUCUGUAAGUAGCUGUUUAACGUCACAUCGACGCACACAUACUGGUGAAAAACCGUACGCAUGCGAUGGAUGCGACAAGUAUUUCACUUAA